AUGGCUGUGCGGGUUCAAUUUGAAAAUAAUAAUGAAGUUGGAGUUUUUUCAAAAUUAACAAACUCUUAUUGUCUCGUUGCUAUUGGAGGAUCUGAAAACUUUUACAGUGUUUUCGAAGCAGAAUUAUCCGAAAGUAUACCAGUCAUUCAUUCUUCCAUAGGAGGUUGUCGAAUAAUUGGACGUAUGUGCGUUGGAAAUAAAAAUGGUUUGCUUGUCCCUAAUACAACCACAGAUACAGAAUUACAACAUUUACGAAACUCUCUGCCAGACUCUGUCAAAAUUCAAAGAGUGGAAGAAAGGUUAUCAGCCUUAGGAAAUGUAAUUACUUGUAAUGAUUAUGUAGCCCUAGUACAUCCAGAUUUAGACAGAGAAACAGAAGAAAUUUUAUCUGAUGUUUUAAGUGUAGAAGUAUUUCGCCAUACAGUCGCAUCAAAUGUUUUAGUCGGCUCUUACACAAUAUUAUCCAAUAAUGGAGGGUUAGUUCAUCCGAAAACCUCAAUUCAAGAUCAAGAUGAAUUAUCAUCAUUGCUACAGGUUCCCUUAGUUGCUGGCACAGUUAAUAGAGGUUCAGAUGUCAUAGCAGCAGGUAUGGUAGUCAAUGAUUGGUCUGCAUUUUGUGGAAUGGAUACAACUUCUACUGAAAUAUCAGUUAUAGAAAGUGUUUUUAAAUUAAAUGAAGCUCAACCUUCUGCUAUCACUACCGCCAUGAGAGCCUCAUUAAUCGAAAGCAUGUCAUAG